AUGAUGGACCAUUCUUUACUUGAUUCUUCACUAAUAGAGGAGGAGAAGGGUCUUAGAGGUUUGCUGGAAAAGUGGGGUGGCAUAGAAGAAAGUAUAUACAAACAAAAAUCUAGAAUUCAAUGGCUCAAAGUGGGGGAUUCUAACUCCAAGUAUUUCUAUGCUAGCAUGAAAAACAGGCACUCACAUAAUAAUAUCAGGCAAUUAAUGGAUGCGGCCGGUGUGAUGUUAUUCGAUGAAGUGGGGAUAAAAAAUAAUAUUUUGAGGUUCUAUAAAGCAUUACUAGGGUCCUCAACUAGUCCACUACCUGCCAUAUACCCUCAGAUAAUUAGCAAUGGUAGACUCUUGACUAGAAAACAUCAGGUAGAGUUGAUAAAACCUAUUACCAAAGCAGAGGUCUAUGAUGCGCUACAGAGUAUUGAUGACGGGAAAGCUCCUGGAUGUGAUAGACUAAACUCAUGUUUCUUUAAAAAGGCUUGGCCAAUAAUUGGAGGUGAAAUAACUGAAGCAAUCUUGCAUUUCUUUAGAUCUUUUAGUAUGGCCCAUGCUAUCAAUUGCACCUCAGUCACGCUUAUUCCAAAAGUUCAGAAUCCAGCAUCAGUGAAGGACUACACCAAUCUCUUGCUGGGUGUACCCGUUGCGGAACAGCAGCUGAUUUUGGAGUAUCUUGGUAUCAGCCAAGGUGUCUACGAUGAGAUACUCCCAGAGUACCUCUUGCUUGCUAAGAGGCAUCUAUUUUACGCAAUGUCCUUCGCUGGAAAAGAUGGUGGGAAGAAUAACUACUUGGACAUCUCGGUUUCUAUCAUAUGCGGGGAGGUUGCAAUUAAUUAA